CUCGAAAACCUCAAAUGAAAACCUUAUUUAAUACCAAGAACAUCGGCAUGUACCGAGAUCACGACGACAGUAGUAAUCCGUUGUUGAUUGAAUCGCCGGGGACGACCAACUGGGCGUUUUUCGAGGACAAGAUAUUUGAGCGGAGUUUGGUUGCGUUUCCGGAGGGAACCCCUGAUCGGUGGCAGAUGAUCGCCGCGUUGAUUCCGGGAAGAUCCGCCGAAGAAAUUAAACAGCAUUUCGAUAUGCUGGUUCAUGAUGUUCAUGAGAUCGAUGCCGGUCGAGUUCAGGUUCCGAAUUACGCCGACGAUUCGGUGAUGUCGGAUUCGGAGUUGGAUUCGAAUAAUCAAAUCUAUUUCGGUUCGAAGUCGAAGCAGCAAGGAGACAGUGAAAGGAAGAAGGGAACUCCAUGGACGGAAGAGGAACACAAGCUAUUCUUACUUGGGUUGAGUAGAUUCGGAAAGGGAGAUUGGCGGAGCAUAUCAAGAAACGUGGUGGUGACUCGGACAUCGACUCAGGUGGCUAGCCACGCUCAGAAGUAUUUUCAGCGGCAGAAUUCAAUGAAAAAGGAGAGGAAAAGAUCGAGCAUCCACGACAUUACCACCGUCGAUACCCAUGUGACGGAUCUGCUCGUCGAACAGAACAUGGUUCCGGGUACUGUUCGACAGUUGCCUCGUUAGGUAGGAAAACAUGGGUAUCCCAAUCCAAGAUAAGAUCGGAGCUCCAAAACAAUGUAC